GAACAGAACAGGAACUCCCCCUCUGCCUGUUUGACUCUCUUCCAUCAUCACAUACGCCCCUCUUGUCUCUCUCUCUCUCUCUCUCUCUCUCUCCUGACCCCCUCAUGCUCUCACUCACUCAAGAAAAGAGAAGGGCUGCACUGAUUAGCAAGUAAAAAGAGUGAGGGCUACAUUGUUCUCUCUCUCUCUCUCUCUCUCUCUCUCUCUCUCAAAAUACAGAGCACAUUUUUCCAGUGAGAACAAGAACAAUGGGGAGGAAUUGGUCCAUUUUACUUCUCAUAUUUGCUAUUUUACUUUCUGGGUUCUCAUCAGCUUUAGCGACACCACCUCCUGCAAAAAUUCUUAGUGGGGUUGUUUCAAAUGUUGUCUCUGCUCUUAUUAAACGGUUGUGGUCACCAAAAUCAACCACCACAACAGCGAUUUCUAGCCGUUCGAUGAUGAAAUUUGAAGGUGGAUACAAUGUCGAGACGGUCUUCGAUGGAAGUAAACUUGGAAUUGAUCCAUACUCGGUUGAAGUAUCUCCAACUGGGGAGCUCCUGGUUUUGGAUUCUGAAAAUAGCAACAUUUACAUGAUUUCAACUCCAUUGUCUCGAUAUAGCCGGCCCAAGCUGAUUGCUGGAUCACCUGAUGGGUAUUCGGGGCUUGUGGAUGGAAAGCCAAGAGAAGCUAGGAUGAAUCACCCAAAAGGGAUUACUGUAGAUCACAGAGGAAAUAUCUACAUUGCUGACACUCUGAAUAUGGCCAUCAGGAAGAUCAGUGAUGCAGGGGUUGUCACUAUUGCAGGCGGAAAGUGGAGCCGAGGAGGGGGUCAUGUUGACGGUCCGAGUGAGGAUGCAAAGUUCUCAAAUGAUUUUGAUGUGGUUUAUGUCAGAAGUAGUUGCUCUCUUUUGGUUGUAGACAGAGGAAACCAGGCAAUUCGAGAUAUCCAACUCCGUGAAGAUGAUUGUGUCUACCAUUACAACGGGAAUCAGCAUCUGGGGAUAGCAGUACUUGUUGCAGCCGGGUUCUUUGGUUACAUGAUGGCCUUGCUACAGCGUAGAGUCGGGGCUAUGUUUUCAUCCCAGAGUGAUCCUGAAACUCAAAUGAGAGAAGGCAUGUCACCAGCACCAUAUCAAAGGCCUCAUAAAUCAGUCAGGCCCCCCUUAAUUCCACCUGAAGAUGAAUACGAGAAGCCAGAAGAGGGUUUAUUCACUUCACUUGGCAGGCUCUUCCUCAACGGCGUCACAUCGGCGGUCGAAAUAUUUGUGAGCUUAUUUUUGGGUUUUAGGAAGAAGAAAAAGCCGCUAGUCCACCACCAAUUCCAGCAGCAUUACCAGCAACCGAGCAAACAUUCAAAUGCUUGGCCUAUGCAAGAGAGCUUUAUGAUUCCACAUGAAGAUGAGCCCCCAUCAAUAGAACCCAGAACCCUGACACCAAUGCAAACCUACCCAUUUAUGUCGAAGGAAGUGGAGAAGCCUCGCCACCCCAAGCGAAGCCGGACCUUUCACCACCAACAGCAGUAUCAGAGGCAUUACUCAUCGGGGCCUCAAACUUUCUAUGAGCAGAGCUGCGAAACAAAAGAGAUUGUGUUUGGUGCAGUUCAAGAACAGGAUGGGCGACGCGAAGCUGUUGUGAUCAAGGCAGUGGAUUACAAAGAUCCUAUGUAUAAUAACAACCAUAAUGUUCAAUCUCGAUGUAACUAUAAGGGUGUCUCAUAUGGGCAUUGAUCAUUUUUCUACUUUGGUAUGAUCAAAUUACAGAGAAUACAUAUGAAGAAGAUGAGAAUGUGGAAGCUGAAUGCAGUGAUAUUUCACAUUCUUUUUUUUCUUUCUUUACAGGAGA